AUGGCUAAUUAUUUUUCUUUAUUGCUUUUCUUGAAUAUUUUAAUUUAUAUAAAUGCUUAAUGCACUCAAAAUUCUUCUAAUAUUGGUGGUGCUUGUACUUGUAAUGCAGGCUAUUAUGGAACAAGUGCAUCAUCUAGUGGUUAAUGUAUAUAAUGUCCUAAUAAUUCCUUAUCUGUAGCUGGUACAUCGAAUACAGGUUCUACUGUAAAUUAAAGUGCUUGUAAUUUAUGUUAAACGGGCUAUUACAUGUCUUAAAGUGCCAAUUAAAAAUAAGGAACUGCAGCUAUAUGUGUAUAAUGCCCAAAUAAUUCUACUAACUCUUAAUCCCCAACUUCUAGUGGUGACCCUUCUUAAUGUAAUGUUUGUCAAAUUGGUUAUUAUAUGUCUUAAGCAGCAUCUGCAGGAACUAAUGGAUAAUAAGGAAAAGCUGCAAAUUGUAUUUAAUGCCCUGGAAAUUCAACAAAUGCAUUAGGACCUACUAGCUAAGGUGAUCCCUCAUAGUGUAAUUUAUGCUCUAUUAAUUAUUAUAUGACUUAAAAUGCUACCUCAGGUAGCCCUGGAACAGCUGCUACAUGUGCCUCUUGUCCGAAUAAUUCAGGAAAUAUCUCUCCUCCUUCAUCUGCUGGGGACUCUUCAUAAUGUAAUUCGUGCCUGUAAAAUUUUUUCAUGAGCAAGGCUGCUAUUCCAGGAUAAGCUGGUUAAAUUGGUGUUUCUGCCACUUGUAUUGCUUGCCCAAAUAAUUCUGGCAAUCUUUAAGGACCAACUACAGUAGGAGAUCCAUUUUAAUGCAACGUAUGCGCAUUAAACUACUAUAUGUUUUAAGUAGCAACAUUUGGUUAUCCUGGUAACGCGGCUUCCUGUAUAGCUUGUCCUAAUAACUCAGGCACUACAUCGUAAGUUACAACAGUUGGUGACCCAUCAUAAUGCAAUGCUUGCCCAAAUAAUUACUAUAUGACUGCAGCAGCGGUCCCUGGAUCAAGUGGAAAUAUUGGAACAUCUGCAAAUUGUACUAAAUGUCCAAAUAAUUCAGGUAAUAGUGCUGCACAAACUUCUGCUGGAGAUAUUUCUUAGUGUAAUAUGUGUCUUAUAAAUUACUAUAUGCAAAGUCCAGCAGUACCAGUAUAAGGCACUAAUCAAGCUUAAGCUGCUGUUUGUGCAGCUUGCCCUAAUAAUUCUGGUAAUAUUUUGGGAGUAACAAUAAAAGGAGAUCAAUCUUAAUGCAAUAUUUGUAUCCCUGGAUAUUACAUGACUGCAGCCUCUGUGAUAGGUUCUAAUGGUUAAGUUGGGACUUCUGCUAAGUGCUCUUAAUGUCCUGGAAACUCGACUAAUCUUUCAGGUGCAGUCAGCCCUGGAGAUCCUUCUUAAUGUAAUCUUUGUGCUUAAAACUACUAUAUGUCUAAAUCUGCUACCCAAGGAAAUCCUGGAAGUGCUGCAGUUUGUAUUAUAUGUCCUAAUAAUUCAGGGAAUGCAGCACCUUCAUCUUCUAUAGGAGAUCCUUCUGUAUGUAAUAUAUGCCCCUAAAACUUUUAUAUGAUAUAGGCUGCAGUUUCUGGAGUUAAUAAUAAUCCAGGGUCUUCUGCUAUUUGCAAUGCUUGUCCUAACAAUUCUGGGAAUCAAUCUGUUUCUACAGCUGGUGAUGUUUCUCAAUGUAAUAUGUGCUAACCUGGAUAUUAUAUGACAGCGUUUGCUUAGUCAGGAUCUAAUGGAAGUUCAAGUACAUCAGCAGCUUGCUCUUAAUGCCCACAGUAUUCUACUAAUACCGGAGCUACUACUCUAGGUAUUUCUUCUUGUAUUUGCUAUGAUUCAAAUGCGAUCGCCUUAUCCGCAUUAUAAGCUACAUGUUAAUGCGCUCCAGGUUAUGGAAAUAGCACUGUGACUACCUAAGGAGCAGCUUCAACAUGUAUACCUUGUUAACCAGGAUUUUAUGAAAAUGGAUCAGGCUAAUGUGUACAAUGUGCUUAAGGUAAUUUUGCUUAUGGUGCAGGUAAUCUUUAAUGCACAGCCUGUCCACAUGCUUCAUAAACUCUACCUGACUUGUCUGGAUGUACAUGCUUUGAUACUAGUGCUGGAACAAUUAUUUGGAGCCCGUUUUUAAAUGUAUGUGAAUGCGAUGCUAAUUAUUAUGGAAAUGCCGAUUUAUUAACUGCACCCUCAACAGGUUCAUGCACUGCUUGUCCUGAUGGACUAAUUUCACAACCUGGAUAAGCAAGAAAUUCAACUGACUGCUAUGUUUAUAAAUAAAUUCUAAAAAUUUCAUAUGUCUUAACAAUAAUAAUUUUUAUAUUAUUUUGA